CCUUUUCGCAGAUAAAUAAGACCGGUUAAAGGAAAACAGUACUUAGACUAAACCAACCACAAAUAUCCCUUUAGAUCACCUAUAAUGUCUGGUGUUGAAAAGGGUAUAGCUGAAAUGAAGCUUAAACCAGAAGCUACUGUGUUUGUUGACGAAAGUUCCGGCAAUGAUGAAGUUGGUAAAGGAACAGAAGGUGAGCCUUUCAAGACUGCCAUUCAUGCCUUAGAGGUCGACGAAAACUAUACUAUCAUGAUUCGUAAAGAUUCUUCUUCUCAAUAUGAGCCUAUUGGUACCAAUGCGUUGAAGAAGGCCAAGAAAGGAGUUGAGCAAGCUGCUCGUAAAAAGGCCAAGGCUGCCGAAAAUGAGAAGCUAGCCGCUAGUAAGGCUACUGCUGCCAAGGAGGCCGAGGCGAAGAGAUUGGAAGCUGCUUCUAAAAUUGUCUUGGAAGAGCCUAAGGGUGCUCCUAAGGCUGAGAAAAUUUUGAUUACCGACGGCACCCAAUACCGCGAGAAGCGUGUUGUUGUUAACGGCUGGGUUCACCGUAUGCGUAACCAAAAAGGAAUCAUUUUUGUUGUUUUACGUGAUGGUACUGGUUUCUUGCAAUCCGUUUUAACCAACAAAGUCUGCGAAAAGGCUUCUUAUGACUUUAUAAACUUGGGUCCUGAGUCUACAAUCUCUUUGUAUGGUGUCCUUAAGGAAUUACCUGAAGGAAAAUCCGCUCCUGGUAACCAUGAACUCGUUGUCGAUUACUACCAAAUCCUUCAUGCUGCUCCUACUGGUGAGGAAGCCUUUACAAACCGUUUGAACGCUGAAGCUGAGCCUUCCUACUUGCUUGAUCAGCGUCAUCUUGUUAUUCGUGGUGAAACUGCAUCUGCCGUUCUUAAAGUUCGUGCUCGCGUUUUGCGUGCUAUGCGUGACACUUUUGAGGACCUCCGUAUGACUGAGGUUACUCCUCCUUGCAUGGUUCAGACCCAGGUUGAAGGUGGUGCUACUUUAUUCAAAUUUAACUAUUAUGGUCAGGACGCCUAUUUGACUCAAUCCAGUCAAUUGUAUCUUGAAGCUGCUAUGCCUGCCUUGGGUAAUGUUUAUUGCGUUCAAGAAAGUUUCCGUGCUGAAAAGUCUCUUACUAGACGUCACCUUUCCGAAUUUACUCAUGUUGAGGCUGAAAUGCCUUUCCUUAACUUCCAAGAAUAUUUAGAACUUCUUGAAGAAUUUAUCUGUCAGACUAUUGAUCGCAUACUCGACGAUCCAGUUGCCGCUCCUUUGAUUAAGCAAUUGAACCCUACCUUUGAGAAGCCCAGUAGACCUUUUAUGCGCCUUACUUAUGAGGAUGCUAUUAAGUACCUUAACGAACACAACAUCCUAACAUCCGAAGGUGAACAUCAUAAGUUCGGUGAUGACAUUGCUGAAGCUGCUGAGCGUAAGAUGACUGAUCAAAUCAACCGACCUAUUUUCCUCACUCAUUUCCCUGUUGAAAUUAAAUCAUUUUAUAUGCAACGUGUUAAAGAACGUCCUGAUCUUACUGAGAGUGUUGAUUGUUUGAUGCCAAACGUUGGUGAAAUUGUUGGUGGUAGUAUGAGGAUUUUCGACAUGGACGAGCUUUUGGCUGCUUACAAACGUGAGGGUAUUGAUCCAACUCCUUACUAUUGGUUCACUGAACAACGCAAAUAUGGUACCACAGAACAUGGUGGUUUCGGAUUGGGACUUGAACGUUUCCUUGCAUGGUUAUGUGAUCGCUAUACCGUUCGCGAAUGCUGCUUAUUCCCUCGUUUCACUGAACGUUGCAAACCUUAAUCUUUUGUUAAUUUACUUCCUGUAAGUUUUUUGAAGCGGUUUUUUGGAAGUAUAGCUACUACUAGAAUAGAAUAAGAGGUGUAAAACUGUCAA